AUGGAGAUUUGCAAAGCUUUAGGAUUGGAGGAUUCAGUCUUAGGACAGUUUACAACUGAAUUGGAAGAUGGAGAUCUCCAGUUGAUCACAAUUGCAACUACUGCUAUGAAGAAAUCUCAUGUGUACAUAUUUGACGAGCCUUCAACCUAUCUCACGGUGAAGCAAAAGAUGGGAGCUGCCAAAGUCAUCAGGAGCCUUGUCAAAUCGGAAAGGACUGAUUGA